AUGGAGUUAAAGUGCAAAGUCCAAAACUAUGAUUGGGGAAAAUUAGGUCAAGAUAGUAUUGUUGCUAAAUUACUGUCAAGCAGUGAUCCUCAUGUUGAAAUUAACAGUAAUACACCAUAUGCUGAACUCUGGAUGGGAACACAUCCAAAUGGGCCAUCUCUGAUUAUAGAGAGGAACAUACUUCUCUCCGAAUAUUUAAAAGAUAAUGUUGAUGCAAUUGGUCCUGUUGUUAAAAGAAAGUUUGGUAUAACCGUUCCUUUUCUUCUUAAAGUAUUAUCCAUUCAAAAAUCUCUAUCAAUACAGGCUCACCCCAAAAAGGAACAUGCUGAACAAUUACAUGCCUCUUUUCCUGAUAUAUACAAAGAUCCAAAUCAUAAGCCAGAGCUUGCAAUAGCUUUAACUCUUUUUGAAGCACUUUGUGGUUUUAGACCUAUUCAAGAGAUUAAGGAAUUUCUUAAAAAAUUACCGGAACUCACAGAAAUUCUAUCAAAACCCAGUGUAGAGGCUUUGUUAAGUUAUGAAGCAGGUGAUGCAGAAUUGUUGCUCAAACAAGUAUUUGAGUCAUUGAUGACUUGUGAUAAAAGUGUUGUAGCUAAAAGUAUUGAAGCACUUAUGAAAAGGUUAACUAAUGCAGAUUCAUCACUUCAGUCUGCUUUGCUGUAUAAAACAUUACAAAAACUUAAUUCCGAGUUUCCUGGAGAUGUAGGGUGUUAUGCACCUUACUUCAUGAAUCUCAUGCAAUUGCGCCCAGGAGAAGCCAUCUUUCUAAAACCUAACUUACCACAUGCUUAUUUAAGUGGAGAUUGUAUUGAGUGUAUGGCAUGCUCUGAUAAUGUGGUCCGAGCAGGGCUCACUCCAAAACAUAUUGACGUCACAACCCUCAUUGACAUGUUAGACUACUCUAGUUAUUCUCCAAGUGACCUCUUGUUCAAUCCAAACUUAGAAGACGAAAAUAGUUGCAUUUGGAGACCACCAGUGCCAGAUUUUGCUGUUGUAAAAAUAAGGGUUCAAAGUGAUUCUUACAACACAAUAAUAAGAGCAAGCCCAAGCCUUAUUAUUUUCAUAUCCGGAGAAGGAGAGGCGUGUGAUACAGAGCCAGUACAGGUCAGACCUGGAUCCGUUUUGUUCCUCAAGGCUAGUCGACAGCUGACCAUCACAUCUAAUCCGGGCAAACAUCUAGAAGCAUAUCAAGCUAUUUCUCGUGACACUUCGGCGGCCUUCUUAGCCUCUGAUGACAGCUUCGCCGAGAACAAGUGGAACAGCGCUGGUGACGAGGCGUCCAAGCGGACGCCUCCUCUCGCCAGUUUGUUGGCACGC